GACUCGUCUUUUGCCAUACAAUACACUAGUGGUGAAUGAAAUCACAUAUACUUUCAGACAUAACUUGUGUGUUACUCAAGAGUUAGUUAAGUAUUUGUGAUAUCAGAUGGUUAUGUUUGUCAACUGUUAUGUCUAUUAUUAAUAUGUUAUGGGAAGCACAAGGACUCGGAUAAGUUUCUGGAUAUUUAUUAUCUCAUUGGGAGAUAUUUGUAGCGCUUUAAUAAAAAUCAAAGAGAUGUCUGUUCCCCGUCUGGUAGAGAACGGCACACAAGAGUCAGUAGUGUUAGACUGUAUUUACACAAUGGAUAGAAUUGAUGACAGAAAUCUAGUGGUCAAGUGGUUCCUCAACGAUGACCCGGAGCCCAUCUAUCAGUAUAUCCCUGAGUACGGCACUCGGUUUGCGUCCAGUCGUUUGAAGGGUCGAAUCAAUUUGGAUUAUGCCGUUAGUGACGACCCUUUAAUUAAACACAGAGCUAUCAAUCUUUUGCGACCCACUGUUGACUUGAGUGGCAGAUAUUCAUGUCAUGUCCAGUCAUUGCAGAGCCAAGACUCCAGAGAAGAGUCUAUGAUUGUCUACGCCACACCGACUGACAUAGAGUUUAGCCAUAAGCCGGUCACACGUAAAGAGUUCAGCGCUGCCCUCAGGAAACAUAAAAACAAAUAUAACGAUGCAAAUGAUAGGGACAGUAGUUAUAAAUCACAUUCAAAUGAAGACCAACAUUAUAAUAGUUUGUCAUCUGAGUUAAUGUGUAAAGUGAGUGAAGUGUAUCCGAUGCCAGAACUGACCAUUUAUCGGGUCGCUCACGACGGCACUCAACCGCGGACUUUAGACAUCUAUCGCAAAGAGUUUAAAUCAACGCCGAGAGGCGCUUAUAAUACAAGUGUUUCAGUAUUUAUUAACGACAAAGACUUAAUUAAAAAGUACGGAAACGAGGCAUCAAUUUUUGAGUGUCUCGUAGUUCUCAAUGAAAUCAAUCACGAAAUGAGAAAACGGAUUCAAUAUCUUCCAGUUAAUGAAGAGCUCACAAGUCUUAGCGCUGAUUCACGUAAAGUGUAUUUUGUGUUCACAAUAAUCUCUACAAUCAUAUAUCUCGUCCAUUGAAUUAAAUAUGAAUAAGACUUUAAUU